AUGUUGGCUCAGAAGCAAGCAGAGGAAGCAAUAGUCUCCAACUUUACCGAGGCUCAUGAUCAUGAGGGAAAGGAAGAUCAUCAUCAAGACAAGGAGGAAGAAAACACCUCCUUGUUUAAUGUCAAGAACUUUCUCUGGCAUGGUGGCUCUGUUUGGGACGCUUGGUUCAGCUGUGCUUCCAAUCAAGUAGCUCAAGUGCUUUUGACACUGCCAUACUCAUUCUCUCAGCUGGGAUUAUUAUCAGGCAUCUUGCUGCAAAUAUUCUAUGGAAUCGUUGGAAGCUGGACUGCUUACCUGAUCAGUGUGCUCUACAUAGAGUACAGAAGCAGGAAGGAGAAAGAGAACGUUAACUUCAAGAACCACGUUAUCCAGUGGUUUGAAGUCCUUGAUGGGUUACUUGGUCCAUACUGGAAAGCUGUGGGGCUUGCUUUCAACUGUACCUUCCUCCUAUUUGGAUCCGUCAUACAGCUUAUUGCUUGUGCAAGGACAUGGACCUACAUCUUCGGAGCUUGCUGUGCCACUACAGUUUUCAUUCCUUCUUUCCAUAACUAUCGGAUUUGGUCCUUUCUUGGCCUUGGAAUGACCACUUACACAGCCUGGUACUUGACCAUUGCAGCUGUUGUUCAUGGCCAGACUGAAGGAGUAACACACACAGCUCCCACAAAGCUUGUGCUGUAUUUCACCGGCGCCACCAACAUACUAUACACGUUUGGCGGCCAUGCUGUCACAGUGGAAAUCAUGCAUGCCAUGUGGAAGCCACAGAAAUUCAAGUACAUCUACUUGUUUGCCACAGUGUACGUUUUCACACUUACAAUUCCUUCUGCUACCUCUGUCUACUGGGCUUUUGGUGAUGAGCUCCUCAACCAUUCCAAUGCCUUCUCUCUCCUCCCCAAGAAUGCCUGGCGUGAUGCCGCUGUUAUUUUAAUGCUCAUUCACCAGUUUAUAACAUUUGGGUUUGCAUGUACACCAUUGUACUUUGUGUGGGAGAAGGUGAUUGGCAUGCAUGACACAAAGAGCAUUUGCUUGAGGGCACUGGCUAGGCUUCCAGUUGUGAUCCCAAUUUGGUUCUUGGCUAUAAUAUUUCCUUUCUUUGGGCCCAUUAACUCUGCAGUUGGGGCUCUCCUGGUUAGCUUCACAGUCUACAUCAUCCCAUCUUUAGCUCAUAUGCUCACAUACAGAAAAGCCUCUGCUAGACAGAAUGCUGCAGAGAAGCCUCCUUUCUUUUUACCAAGCUGGACUGCCAUGUAUGUGAUCAACUCCUUCAUAGUUGUGUGGGUUCUGGUGAUCGGGUUCGGGUUCGGUGGAUGGGCCAGCAUGACCAACUUUGUGAGGCAAGUGGACACAUUUGGGCUCUUUGCCAAGUGCUAUCAAUGCAAGCCUCCAAAACCACUGCCAGCAGCAGCAGCUCCUCACCACUAA